UUUCGGAGCCACCCACCUACUGGUCAGUGCCGCGUUGGAAAUGGAGUAAUUUGCAGCAGAGGACACGACAGAACAAACGACUGGUAGACGAACCCCUUGCGCUCUCCCCCCUCCCUCUCUAUUGGAGCCCCAAUUUCUCACUUUUACCAAAAUUCACAAAAAUUCACCAAAAGUCCCAAAUCCUUUUAGUUCUCCAUGUCCUCCGAAACGGGAACUUCGACCUCCGGCGACGAAGCCUGGGAGCCAAACCCUAACCCUAUCCCCAAACCCCCGGAAGACCAAUUGGCCGCCCUCGCAUUGUCCGAGGCCGACAGCCAUGCAAAUGGCGUCGCACAUGGAUCUGCCGAGGGGAACAACCACCAGGAGAUCGAGAACGAGGAGGAGGAAGUCCGGGCUAAUUCGGUUGCUCCUGGUUUAGCUGAGGUGGAGGAGGCGAGCGAGGGCUUGCCACGUGGCGGAAUCGGCGGUGGUAUUGUGUGGGCGAGGACCAAUUCAGAGCUGGAGGUUGAUGGGCCGUCGAGCCCCAGCAGCAGUGGGUAUGCUGGGGAAAGAGGGAGUAGUAGUGCCAGUAGUGGUGCCGGCUCUGGAGUUGAUGAGAUUUUGGAAGUGAGAAACGAUGAGAUUGCUGAUGGGUUUUCGGAUUCGCAAACCCCGUGGGUGCCCGGGAAACGACAUGUCGAUGAGGAUGAUGCUUCCAUAUCAUGGAGAAAGAGAAAAAAGCACUUUUUCAUACUAAGUCACUCUGGCAAACCAAUAUAUUCCAGAUAUGGAGAUGAACACAAGCUAGCAGGAUUUUCAGCAACAUUACAAGCCAUAAUUUCCUUCGUGGAGAAUGGUGGGGAUCAUGUCAAAUUGGUUAGGGCUGGGAAGCAUCAGGUGAUUUUUCUUGUCAAGGGACCAAUUUACUUAGUGUGCAUCAGCUGUACAGAAGAGCCUUACGAGUCUUUGAGGGUGCAAUUGGAACUUAUAUAUGGUCAGAUGCUACUUAUUCUUACAAAGUCAGUAAAUAGAUGUUUUGAGAAGAAUCCGAAGUUUGAUAUGACACCUUUGCUUGGAGGAACAGAUAUUGUCUUCUCUUCCCUCAUCCACUCUUUCAGUUGGAAUCCUGCCACAUUUCUUCAUGCAUACACUUGUCUUCCCCUUGCUUAUGCGACAAGGCAAGCUGCAGGUGCCAUAUUGCAUGAUGUUGCCGAUUCUGGUGUUCUCUUUACAAUACUGAUGUGCAAACACAAGGUUAUCAGUCUUGUGGGUGCUCAAAAGGCCUCUCUUCAUCCUGAUGACAUGUUGCUGCUGUCCAACUUUGUCAUGGCAUCAGAAUCAUUUAGGACAUCUGAAUCUUUCUCUCCAAUUUGCUUGCCUAGAUAUAAUCCCAUGGCAUUUUUGUAUGCUUAUGUCCAUUUUCUUGAUGUUGAUACAUACUUGAUGUUGCUUACUACUAGUUCAGAUGCCUUUUAUCAUCUCAAGGAUUGCAGGAUUCGGAUUGAAUCGGUCCUUUUGAAGUCCAGUGUACUAAGCGAGAUUCAGAGAUCCACCGUAGAUGGUGGGAUGCGUGUUGAGGAGUUGCCUCUUGAUCCUUUGCCACGUUCUGGAUCUUUUUCUCCUCAUUUGGGUCAACAUACAGUUCCAACAGAUUCUCCUGACAGAUUCAGGGAACCAUAUAUUGGCGUAGGCGGUCCUGCUGGACUUUGGCAUUUUAUAUAUCGGAGUAUAUUUUUGGAUCAGUAUGUAUCCUCUGAGUUCUCACCACCAAUAAGUAGUCCUCGUCAGCAGAAAAGAUUAUACAGAGCUUACCAGAAGCUUUAUGCUUCCAUGCAUGACAAAGGAAUUGGGCCACACAAAACCCAGUUUAGAAGAGAUGAGAACUACGUUUUACUAUGUUGGGUCACCCAGGACUUCGAGCUUUAUGCAGCUUUUGAUCCACUUGCAGACAAGGCAUUGGCAAUAAAGACUUGCAACCGGGUUUGUCAGUGGGUGAAAGAUGUGGAAAACGAGAUUUUUUUGCUAGGAGCAAGCCCCUUUUCAUGGUGAUGUUGCUCGUAACUUACCACUUUGUUGCUUCAGCUUCAUAAGGUUUGCAUUUGCAUUUGUCACAGAUGUAAAAGCAGUUGCAAAAAGAAUCCUUUUAACACACGGUUAUAAGUUUAUUUCACACGCAAAUGGCUCCGUUCUGCCUCCUGAUGCUUUUCUCUUUUCCGGAUUGAGGUCUGUGAAAUGUUUGCGAAGACCUUUUAGGAUCAUUUUGUCCGUGUCGCUUGUGCCAUCCUGCUAUCACCAAUUGAGCCCUGUUUCUCUUCUCGUUUAAUUUGUUUGGAGAAACCUUGUUUUCGUAGAUGGAAUUACCAUGAACAAUGCACUAAUGAGCUCUGCACAUUUUGCACAUUUUGUACUUGUUUCGUUGUAUGUUUUCGUUUCUUCUUUUCGCUCUUCUGCUUUGUUUCUUCUUUUGUCUUCUUCUGGUGCAUAACAGGCAUUCCUUUUAUUAGA